CUCUGGGGGUUAUGCGAGUGGCGAGUUGCUAUGAAAACUCGCAGCCGUGGAUGGAUGUUAGUGAUGUGUAUUUUCUAAAUUUGUAUUUUGUUUUUGAUCCUUUUCCAAUUGUCAUUCAUGAAUAUAAAGUCGUCGCUUUAUUUCGUUUAUUAAGUGAAUUAUUUCAGUUGGUUUUUAGUGCUUGUGUGUGUCUAUUACCCAAGAUAAAUUCUAAUACAAUGUGCGAUUACGACAAACUAGGCAAUGCACGAUCGACUCUUGUUCCUAAAUCAUCGCCACUCACGCAGGAAUAUAUUAUUUCGGAAAAAGUACUCGGUUUAGGAAUUAACGGGAAAGUUGUAGAAUGCUAUAGUAAAAAAACAAGACAAAAAUACGCACUUAAGGUAUUGCGUGAUUGUCCUAAAGCAAGAAGAGAAGUUGAACUUCAUUGGAGAGCAAGUAAUUGCAGACAUAUAGUAAAUAUUAUGGAUGUCUUUGAAAAUAACUAUGGUGGCCAAAAAUGCUUAUUAGUAGUUAUGGAAUGUAUGGAAGGUGGGGAACUGUUUCAGAGAAUUCAAGAACGCGCUGAAGGAGCAUUUACUGAGAGAGAAGCAGCUGAAAUAAUGCAUGACAUUUGCAAAGCUGUGGCACAUCUUCAUCGUAUGAAUAUUGCACAUCGUGAUCUCAAGCCAGAAAAUUUACUAUAUUCAACACCUGAUAAAACUGCUGUACUAAAACUUACAGAUUUUGGUUUUGCAAAAGAAACUACAAAUUUUCACUCCCUUCAAACGCCUUGUUAUACUCCAUACUAUGUUGCUCCAGAAGUUUUAGGUCCAGAAAAAUAUGACAAAUCUUGUGACAUGUGGUCAUUAGGAGUUAUCAUGUAUAUUUUAUUAUGUGGAUUUCCUCCAUUUUAUAGUAAUCAUGGUUUAGCAAUUUCUCCUGGAAUGAAAAAACGCAUAAGAGCAGGUCAAUAUGAUUUUCCUGAACCUGAAUGGACUAGAGUUUCUAAAGAUGCUAAAGAUCUCAUUCAAGGCUUAUUACGAACUGACCCAACUAAGAGAUUAUCUAUUGAAGAAGUCUUAAAUAACAAAUGGAUUGCUAAAUAUGCAGAAGUGCCUCAGACUCCAUUACAUUCUGUUCAAGUAUUAAAAGAAGAAGAAGCGGCAUGGCCAGAAGUUCAGGAGGAAAUGACAAGAUCAUUAGCCACCAUGCGAGUCGAUUACGAUGCAGUACAACUGAAAAAUUUAGAAAAUUCCAAUAAUCCUCUUUUGAAUAAGCGCAGAAGACAAGUAGCUCAUCAUCCAAGAAAAUAAAUUUAGCAUGAAGUAGUAAUUCCAUAAAAGUUCAUCUGUCAGAUGUACAGAAUUGCAUAUAUAUAUGAUAUUUUGUUUGCAAGUUACAGAUUUUCAAACUAAAAAAAUCUUCAUUUUUGAAAUCUAUUUAACAAUAGUAAACAACAAAUUCAAUUUGUCAAAUUAUCCUCAUGCCCAUUUUUCAAAAAUUACUAAUAAUUAAGUCUUUGAGAAAUAGAUAUAUAUACACAUAUAUAUAUAUAUAUAAAUGACCCUUACAGAUAUUAGUAAAACUAUUGUAUAAUUAUUCUAUGAGAAGCAUGUAAUAUCUAUCUACUCAUAUUUAGACAAAUUCAUUAUUACUCAAAAGGUGAACAAUAAAUGGUUUUGUGUACAGUUAUAUCAGAAAUUUUAAGUUUACAAAACAAACUUAAAUUGAAAUUAAAUACUUGCACAGUAUUAUUGAUAAAAGUGUGUUCUUUAAUGUGCUGAAGUUUCCUCCUGCACAUGGGACCACUAAUUUAAAAAGCAUUUUUAUCAAAAUUAUUAAUCAUGUGCACUAUUAAAAUUUAUCAUGUAAAAAAAUAAUUUA